UGUUCAGUCUCUAUCUCUGAGUGAUGUCUACAUGGGACAGAGGAAAUCUUUAUAAUGGAGCGUUGAAUAUAUGGUUACUGGAAGGAUUUUGGACAGCAGUGGAACAGACAUGAUGACGUUAACAACAUGCAUGGUUGGUUUCAAAAACUCUUGAAAUCAAGAGCAACAACUCAACAUGAGCAAGAAGCCAAAGCAUUGAAAAACUCAAAAAAUCCUGUCAGCAGUGCAUUAACAUCAUCUUCACCUACAUCAUCGCUGCAUUAUUCAUCACCAGGGGCAACCUCUUUUACACAACGGCAGCAGUUUGCUCUAAAGUCUGAGCUGAGAUGGAAACGAAAAUAUGAUGUGUUUGUGUGUCACAGCGCUGCCCAUCAUGACAUUGAAGAAGCCACACGCCUGGUCUCGUUCCUUGAGGCUUCACCCUGCAGCCUCAGAUGCUUUCUGUGGCAGAGGGACACCUGUCCAGGAGGCGCAAUUUCCACAGAGUUUUGUGAAGCUGUGCAGAACAGCCACUUACGGGCUCUGCUUAUCACUCCCAGCUUUGUUCAGGAUGACUGGUGCAAUUAUAUGAUGCACCAGGCUGUGGCAGAGGGACCUAUGUCUCGUAGGAUGAUUCCUCUGGUUAAGAACUUGUCACUGUCCCAGUGUCCAAAAGAACUGAAAUUCUAUUACUACAUUGACCUGAGCAGGGACCCUGACCGAGGCUAUACUCUCGUCAUCAAGACCUUGAUCAGCUACCUGGAAGACCUACUUAAAAACGAGAUGGAACUAAGUUGCAGCAUGGACAGUUCUAAUAGUGGAUUAGACGAAGAAGGCAGCCCGUUAAAAAACAAGCUCACGUGAUAGAACAACCCCACUGGGACUUCUAUUUCGGGGGAAUUGAUGCAGAACAGAAAUAAAAGCUUAAAUGCCAUUUGCAUUGAUCAUCAUAAACAGUAAUGUGAUGAAGGACGAAGGCUCUGAAUAGAAAAACACUGCUGCUAUUGACAGAACUGUUUUUUGGGGGUGGUUUUUUUAAAUCACAUCAUGCAGAGAUUUGAAGUAAAAGUUAAACUAUGGUGUCAUUAUUAUACUUUUCUUUUUGGUCCUUUAUGAAUAUUAGGUGUCUGGGGAGGAUGUUCAUUCAGUGAACAGAAAGCACUUCAUUCUGGGCAACGUCUGGGUUUAUUUCCUGUAUCAGAUUUAGAGAAAUAUUUCAGCACAUAAAGAGGAAAUCUGUGUGACCCAAUUUGUAACCUAUAAAUCAAACCAAUUGUGGCUCAUCGUUUAAAAGGAGUUAGAAUCAAAGUGAGGGCUACCAUAACAGGACAUAGUGUUUGCCACUAGGUGGUGUCUUUUCCUUUAUAUUCCAGCUGAGGAGAUGCCAGUUUUGAAUAUAUGAGGGGGGCAGAUGGGUUGAGAGAGCAAGAGUGAGAGUGAAAUGGAAGUACCCACCCAUAACAAACUGCUGACAGCUGCAUGAUGUUUUGUUGAACUGGACUUCAAAUAAUAAUAGAGAGAAUGUAAUUCCUAGUGAGAAAAGAUACAGCUCUAUGCUUCUGUCUAUUUUAAUCUACAUUUCUCUAAACACAGAAAGAUAUCAGACUGAUGGUGUUCAUCUGCUUGUAUAAAUAUUUCUGACUAUCAUGCAGCUGGCUGGUUUCUCCCUGAGACUAUGUUCUUUCUGUGCAUUGGUUAGCCUAAUUGGCAUUUCGAAACAGUCCAUGUAAUAGUGAGCUGUAAAGGGUGUGCCCUGUCUCUCUGCCAAUGUCAGCCUGGAUAGCUUUCAGGCCCAGACGUCCCUCUGAAGGAUGAGCAGGUAUGGCCAAUGAAUGGAUAGUUGGAACAAAGUCUAAACAUGUUGAAAUAUUGGAAGUAACACCCUGCCUCCAAACUCUAAAGAAUUUUUAGUUCUCUGUUCAUUAAAUGUUCUUGGCAGCCCCUUCCCUUGUUAAUCAAAUAUACUGGCAGAUGUCAGAUAGCUGGCAUUUUGUUAAUUCUAUGAAAUAUCAGUUAUUCACUGAAUCAACUGGAGCAUAUCGUUUGCAAUUGAAUAGCAUUCUUUGUUAAUGCAUGCAUGGAUUUUUUUUUCUUUUCUCUUUGCUUUUUUUUUGUUUGUUUUAAACUUUUUUUUCUUUUUUACAUAAUGCACUGUUAUGUUCCAAGAAGUGCUACAUGUUCCUUUUUUUGGUUUUUGUAUCAUCCCCCCAUCCCUCUAAACAACAGCAGACAUUUAGCACCACAAAAAAAACAAAAAAAAAAAAAAACCCUUGACAAUCGCCUCUUUUGUGGCAGGUCAACAAUGUAACAUAAAAUUUAGACUAAUCUCUGAAAGGCACAGAUGUUCGAUGAGACUUUUGUUGUUACCAUUGCAAAUCCUCUCUCUCUCACACACACACACACACACACACACACACACACAAGCACACACAUACACAGUGAGUUACAUGGAUGACCCCUGACUUCAGAGAAAGAGAGACGUAGCACAUUUUACUUGUAAAUGAUGCAAAAAAACAACUUUAAUGUAACGUCUAUGUCUUUAAUAAUCACAUUAUAUAGCUGCCAGAUAUUGUGUCUUUCAUUUUCAGACUAAAAGGUUACAAUCUGUCGUUACUGAAAUAAAAAGUGCAUUCAGACAAGACAGGAUAAAGUUUAGUGUAAUGUUAAUUUCAUUCACUAAAAAUUGUGUUCGCAUGCAUCUGUCAGCUAUCUUUCUUUCCAUUAACCUAGAUGAGAAGUUGGCAAGACUAGACAAGUUACAAACAUAACAUUGCUGGUGAAGAAAGAUGAGUCAAACAUCCAAUUUUGUCAUAUAUAUUUAUAUGGACUAUUUUAAACUUUACCAAGCAGCUGCUGGCCUUAGAUUCACAUCAAUUGUACAAACUUAUGAGCGUGGUAUCAAUAUACUGGUCUAACAAGAAACCCCUCCAUAAGUUUGAAUUGACCUGUCUCCAAAAGACAAUGGUAUAGUGUUAGAUGUAUUAAAAAAAUACAGAUGUAUUAACAUAUAAUGACAGUAUUGCUUGCAUUUGAAGGUGUAGCCACAAGCAGCUUUGUUGCAAUUUAGAAAAACUGGCUAACAGAUGUUAUUGAGUGCUAAGCUUGUUGUCCAUGGUAAAGCACACAAGAUAUUCUUCUAGUACACAUUUAAUAGUCAGAAAAUCCUGCAGAUUUUGAAUGAUUCUAUGCCAGGUAAGGGUAUAAAGGGUAUUUAGGACCUCACCUGUUAUAUAACAGGUGAGGUCCUAAAUAAUACUGUUUUUUUUGCUUGAAUAAGUCCACUGGGUAGAAGCUAUCUAGCCUGCGUGGCACAUCAAGCAUAGUGGAGCAGUACCAUCGUAAAAAAAAAAAAGUGUAAAAUACUGUAACCACAGUACCACACCACACCACAAUAAAUGUCUGUCUUAUU